AUGAGUGCAGCUGCACACUCUGUGCUUGAGGCCUUGGAGGGAAGAGCAGCCAAGACCGUUACGGCAUCGGCUCUCCAUGGUGGCACAUUUACUCUCCCUCUCAAUGUAUUCAUAAGUGAUGCUUUGGAGACUGAUCGAAGUCUCGUACCAUCUCUAUCUUUUCUUCUUGUUCAUAUCGAUGAUAGCGGUCAAAAGACAAAUAUUCUCUUCGAUCUGGGAGUUCGCCGCAACGUCGACGACUAUCCUGCUCUCAUCAGAAAUCAUUUUCAAUACAGGCAACCCAUGAAUACUCUUACGGAUGUUAGGCAGAGCUUGUUGGAUGGAGGGCUAGAUCCCUCGAUCAUGAAACAUGUCAUUAUCAGCCAUGUCCACUGGGACCACACUGGAACACCAGCAGACUACCCUCGGGCGCAGUUCUGGGUUGGGAACGGAGCCCUCGAUGUAUUGAAGAAUGGCCUGGGCUCACACAUGUCGCACUCCCACUUCGAAAGCGACCUAUUCUCUGGCCUGAGCGUGAAAGAAUUCCCGCGACCGCCAGCUAACGGCGAGAAGGGAGACGGCUGGCAGAAACUCGGGGAUUUCUGGGUGUACGACUUCAUGGGCGACGGCUCCAUCUGGGUAGUGGAUGCUCCUGGCCACCUUCCCGGCCAUGUCAACCUUCUUGCUCGCCUGGACAAGAAGCGCUGGAUAUACCUUGUUGGGGAUGCCUGCCACGACCGGCGCCUUCUCACGGGCGAAAAGGAAAUCGCGGAGUGGAAAGAUGCGGAGGGACGCUCAUGUUGCAUUCACGUGGACAAGAAAGACGCAGAGGCUACAUUGGCAAGAAUUCGCGAUCUCCAGGCUGCGGCAAAUCACGAUGGAUUCGAGCUCGAGAGAUCUACGAAAGAAACCUACAGACAUCCCGACUCCCUUCAACGAUCCAAUACAAUCAACCCAUCGGCAAAGGGUCCAUUUAUCGGAAUGGCUGGCGAACCACUGAACGUUGGUUUCAUUGGCCUGGGGACUAUGGGCUUUGCGAUGGCAGUGAACCUUGCCUUAAAGUUGCCACAAGGGUCAAAGCUCUUCGUAUACGAUAUUUCAGCGGAUGCGGUGAAUAAAUUUGUGGCUCAGCAUCCGGACUCAGCUGUUGCUGCUGGGUCGGCAAAGGAAGCGACACAGAACUCCUCGACUGUCUUCACGAUGGUACCAGAAGGGUCUCAUGUCAGAACUGCAUUUCUCGAUGAGACAAAUGGAAUACUCGCAGCAGAGCAGACACCGAGGACUCUCAUAGACUGUUCUACCAUCGACCGUGAGACAUCUCUAGCUGUGCUUGAAGAAGUGAGAAAGCGACAUCCUCAGGCUAGCUUCUUCGAUGCUCCUGUGUCAGGCGGUCAGAUCGGUGCAGAAAAAGCGACUCUUACGUUCAUGGUCGGUUGUGCUGAGGAUGAUCCGAAGUGGUCGUUUUUAGAAGGCAUACUUAGCCACAUGGGAGCCAACAUCAUCGCCUGCGGCGCACCAUCGCUCGGUGUCACCGCCAAGCUGACGAACAAUUACUGCUCUGCGCUCAUCUCACUUGCCACCGCGGAAGCUAUGAACCUCGGAAUGCGAGCUGGUAUGGAUCCUCGUCUGAUUCAAAAGAUAUUUUCGAAGAGCACGGCGCAGAGCACCAUGUGUGAUCGGUUCAACCCCGUGCCGGGCAUCUGCCCUGAUGCACCCCCAAGCCAUGGAUACGAGGGCGGGUUCAAGAUUCAGCUUAUGAGGAAGGACUUCGGACUGGCAUGUCAGGUAGCGGAAAAUGUUGGCGCGAAGCUUUUGCUUGCUGAUGCAGGGCUAAAGGCUUACACCGAUGCGAGUGCGGAUCCACGUUGCAGAGAUUUGGACUCGAGGGUGGUCUACAGGUUUUUGGGAGGGAUUGAAGACUGGGAGACGAAGGAGACAUAG